CAUUGCACGGAUGGGGGUAAAAGUUGGGUGGGCAUUGUUGUCAGUUUGGGUUUGGGACAAGUUAGGAUUGUAUUCGGUGGGAUCGACCGCUCAGUGUGGGAUUUGGAGGGGAAGGCAUGCGGCUUACAGAGAGGAGGAGAGAUCCAGGUCACUUCUCUCUAUGGGGGUCCCUUAGAGUUUACGUUUAUCGUGCAAAGCACAGAAGACCCUGCUUAUCGGGCUGUAUCUAUGAUACUAUCAGAGCUUAAGGACGAGGUUGAUGUUAAGAUUGUUGUGGCUGGUAUUUCAACAACCUGCAGUCAGAAAAUUCACAACCAAUUGCAAAAAACCUUGCGCCAAGCAAACAGGCAUAACCAAUUCUGCCAGAAUUGCUGGAGAAUUCCACAACCAAGGUCAUCGAGUACGGCCGGAAGCAUGUUGAGGGUCAAGAUGGCGAUAGCACCGAUGUUGGCAAGAGCGGCGACCCCUUUUCAAGAAUCAUUUGAAGUUCAAGAGAAUGCCAUCUUGGUAACGAAAGGGAUAGAAAUGGAAUAUAGCAACAUUCUGGGAUUCGUAAAAGGCAUGGACCUUUCAUGCAACUUUAUGUAUGGAGAGAUCCCUGAAGAACUUACCGGCCUCCUCGCAUUGCAUUCACUCAAUUUAUCGAAUAAUCGCUUCACCGGAAGAAUUCCUUCAAAUAUUGGUAAUAUGGCACAGUUAGAAUCUCUCGAUUUUUCCAUGAACCAAUUUGAUGGUGAAAUUCCUCCAAGCAUGACGAAUUUGACAUUUCUGAGUCACUUAAACUUGGCCUACAACAAUUUGACGGGACGAAUUCCGGAAAGCACUCAACUGCAGAGCCUCAAUCAGUCGAGCUUCGUCGGCAACGAACUAUGCGGAGCUCUACUCAACAAGAAUUGCAGCACGAAUGGGGUGAUACCGCCACCAACAGUUGAGCAAGACGGAGGAGGUGGAUACCGUUUACUAGAAGAUGGGUGGUUCUACGUGAGCUUAGGAGUUGGAUUCUUCACGGGGUUUUGGAUUGUGCUUGGUUCUUUGCUGGUAAACAUGCCAUGGAGCGUUCUUCUUUCACAGUUGCUGAAUAGGAUAGUGCUUAAAAUGUAUCAUGUAAUUGUUGAAUAUGUUUAGCUUUGUUUUGUACUUUGCGUUAGUUUGUUGGCAUUCUCCUUGCUGUGACGAAUAUGCCAGUAUGGUUGUGUUGUAUGAUUUUGUCAAAUUUCGUCCUCUUGUUUCAUUGUAUUUUUCUUUCAUGUUUGGCUUUAGAGGGGUUAGGUUUCAUGUCCCCCCUCUCUUGUAUCAUUUUUGUUUUCGUUUCUAGAGGGGUAAGGUUUAUGUCCCCCCUUCUUACUCAAUAUUGUUUUUCUCCUUUUCUUGGCAUUAUGAGAGGUAAAGUUUAUGUUCUCC